UUUUGGUUAGGUUAGGGUUAGGCAUGUAAUGGAUAGGGUUAGGAUAAGGGUAAGGUUCAGGUUGUAGAAAUGAAUGGAAGUCAAUGGAAAAUUCCCACAAAGAAAGCAACGCAAAUAUGUGUGCGUGUAUUUCUGCUGUGUUGUUUUCGCGCCAACAUGUCAUUAGGACCGUAAAUCUCUGACUCCACCCUGCCAUCUCGCUAUGCUAACCUCGGGGAAAUUGGAAGCUGAGGGUUUCAAAACAUAAUUAUUCAUCAGCUGUAAGGGAUAUUUUUUAAAAUGCUUGUUAAGGGAAUUUUUUUUUUUUUUUUUUGGUUGUUGUUCUCAAUACGGUUCCUUUUCCAGCCUCUUGAAAUUUCAGAAGCUUCUUACAUCUUUUAGGCUUCAACCCGUCAACAUUUGUUUCCGAGAGCAGUGACUUUUUCUUUCAGGACAUUCUGAAUGUGUUUAUUAAUGUGAGUGAUGUGUGAUGGAACAUGAAAUAACAAAGUCGACAACAACAGCUCUCAGGCUCUUUGAUCAACUGCAGCACAGCAUAAACACUCCCACACACACACACCUCAGUUUGCACCCAGAGUCAUGAGUUUCCUUCGCUGGCCACAAAUGAGGUGUUCGUGUGACAGUCGUCCCCGUCAGUCUGAGAGGUUCUCGCAGCGUCUCAGACGUCCUGUGCGUGUGGCGGCUUGCCUGCAGCCCCUGUUGCGGGAUGAAAGCCAAGUGGUGGAGCUCCGUGUUGGCGCUGCUCUGCAUGCCUGCCGAGGUGAUACUCAGCACCUGGACAGCUUCCCAAAGCCCCAUUUCCAUUUCCAAUGUGUGGAUCAAUUCGUCGCUUGAGAUCAAAUGCUCCACAUCCCUAGAGAACCUUUCGGGCCUCUCUCUAAAAAGGCGCUUCCUUGGAGACGAGCUAAUUCUGUACCUCAACUUUGACAAGGGAGUUGUUACCAAGAACACUACAAUGGAUAAAUUUCAGAACAGAAUUAGCAUGUCCAAAGAGCAGCUGGAUCCAGGAGCCAGGUAUACGUUUAAGCUACAGCUGUCCCUUCUGGGGCUGGAAGACACAGACUUGUAUUACUGCAGCUGGGCCUACAUUGACGAACAAUACAACAACGUUAACUUGGAGAGCAAUGGGACCGUCGUCAUUGUCAGAGAGGGCAGACCGGCGAAAGAGUGCAGCGUCCGCACCGUGGAUCUGACCCUGAUCUGCCUGAGCAUCGCAGCGUUCACAGGUGUAUUUCUGAUGAUCAUCGGCCUGAUGAUCGUGAGGUGCAGGAGGUUCAAGAAGAACUUCACUCCUUUCAGGGGUUACGCCCCUCCCUUGCCUCCGAGACCCUCGCGACCUCCGCGACCCCCCAGACCCAACCAGCCUCGGAACAUCUACACGCAGCAGCAGCAGACCGUCGAUCACUGCCCCUAUAUGAUGACGUCCACGCAAAACUACGGCAACUUUGGCAAUCUGUGAUGCUAAGCGCUGAUGCAAACUGAUGAUAAAAUCUAAUUUUUACAGUAAGGGCAUCUGAAAAGCACUCUGGCUGGAAAUAGUUAGCGGAGCUGGUUAGCUUUAUGCAGAGCCUUUCACUUCCUUGACAGCUAAUAUACUGUUUUUGUCUGCAGAAAUGUGUCUCAGCUACCACAUCCUGGAUGAGGCGGGUGUGUACAGGUGUGUGUGCGUGUGUGUGUGUUUGUGUGAAAGAGUGAGCUGUGUUUGUGAUGGAAAACUGCAAAGUUAGCUAUGUUUCCAUUUCUGUUUGUUGUGCAGGUUUCCUUGACCCAUUAAGGUUUCAAAUGUACUUCAGACUCUCAUGCAAUUAUUUUUGUCCCUUGUAUAUAACGUGUACUUUCGCCUGUUUUAAUAUGUGCAAUAAAAGAAAAAUGUUCAAAAUCA